AAUCUUUGCUGCACUCUAAGAAGGCUUUGCAGACAUUAGAGAACUCUGGUGUUUCCCCGCUGCCUUGGAGGGUGAGGCACAGGGGGCUCCCCGGGCGCGGUUUCCCGGCGGUGGAGGCUCGGUCCCGGCCCUGGGGCAGGGGCUGUCACCGCGCUCUGGGCAGCCUGGACUUUCUGUCUGAGUCGCCGCUCGCCAUGGCAGACCCAGCUCCGCUUUCAGGAACCAGCCACCAGAUUCUCCAUUUCAGCUGGCCCGGGGGAAUUUGCGCCGCGGGGCUUUUCCUCAGCCCGUUCCCCGUGCCCGCUGUCCCCUGCCCGGGACAGCGCCGGUGCCCCGAGCAGGGGAAGCCCCGCUCCCUCCGGCCCCCGGGCGCGGCUCGGGCUCCCCGCUCCUCCCGCCGGAGCGAGGCAGCAUCGCCGAAAUCCAGGCGAGCCUCCCGGCCGCAGCUCCGGUACCGCGGUGAGCGCCCGCCCGGGGCCGCCGGGCUCAGUGCUCGCUUCAGAUGGCUGAGAACACCCCCAGGAGCCUGCAGGACACCCCGGGCUCUUCCCCUGAUGAAAACGAGUUUCCCUUCGGGUACCCCACCAACAUUUGCGAGGAUGUGCCUGGUCAGAAGUUCCUGUGCAGUAACUGCAAUAACAUCCUGAAGCAAGCCCUGCAGACGCUGUGUGGGCACAGGUACUGCUCUGCCUGCCUCGCCUGGAUCGUCAGAAACAAUAAAACUGCAAUUUGCCAGAAAUGUAAAGAGGAAGAUCCCAACACUUUAGGUGAGGAAAGCCUAUUGGCAGAAGAAAGGGCUUUUGGUGAUGCUGCCAUUAAUAAAGAGAUUUCUGAACUCAGAGUCCACUGUGUGACCCUUGGGUGCAGCUGGUCUGGUAUCAUGAAAGAUUUUGAAGAGCAUCAGAGUUUAUGUGAAUAUGCUUUGAUCCCUUGUCACACUGGCUGUGGGCACGUGGUGAUGAGAAGGAAGCUGGCAGAUCACUUGGAAAAUGGAUGUGUCAAUAAUGUGACAGUGUGUCAGCAGUGCCAGCGCAGCCUGCCCAGCUCUGAAUUCCAGGAGCAUUCAUGUGAAGGCAGUUUGUGCAAGGAACAAAAACCUGUGCAAGCAGAAACAGCAUCAAAGGAAAAGAGCCACUCUACAUCAUCAGCCAGCAAGGAUGGGUGUUGUUUUUCUGAAGUUGGCUGUGCAUUUAGGGGAAGCAAAGAGAAGCUAAAGGAGCACGAGAAGUCCUCAGUGGGGGCCCACAUGCUGCUCCUGCUGCAGCACAUCAGGCAGCUGCAGGGAACCUUGAGCUCUGCUGCCAGAGCUGCACAGGGCUUCACCCCACAGCCACAGCUGGACUUGAGGAGCUCGGGAAAAAGCAUCUCUGACCUGCAGAUCCCAGCAGGGCUGGAAUUCAGCAGGGAUCCAGAACUGGACUGUUUCCCUGGGUCCUCUGUUCCUGAAGAUCAGUCUGUCCUGCAGCAGCUCAUGAGGGAGAAGGUGAUUUCUGAGCUGGAAAAUAAACUGCAAGUCUUUGAGAACAUUGUGGCAGUGCUCAAUAAGGAGGUGGAGAGCUCUAAUUUGGAAAUCCUGGCCUUCAGGAGACAGAGUGAACUGGACCAGAACAUAAUACGGAGCCUUGAACUGAAGAUUUCAGAGUUGCACCGGUGCCUGACGCAGAAGGACGCGGGCCUGAGCAGCCUGCACAAGAGCCUGGUGUUCUCUGAGCAAGCCUCCUACGAUGGGAUCUUCCUCUGGAAAAUCACAGACGUUGGCAGGAAGCUCCAGGACUCUGUGACUGGCAGGACAGUCAGUUUCUACUCCCCAGCUUUCUACACUGCGAAAUAUGGCUACAAGGUGUGUCUGAGGGUGUACCUGAACGGGGAUGGCACAGGGAAAGGAACCCACAUGUCCCUGUUCCUCGUUGUCAUGAAAGGAGACUACGACGCUUUGCUCCCGUGGCCUUUCCGGCACAAGGUGACAUUUAUGUUGCUUGACCAAAAUAACAGGGAACAUGUAAUCGAUGCCUUUCGCCCAGACCUGACUUCUGCUUCCUUCCAGAGGCCGGUGAAUGACAUGAAUGUGGCCAGUGGCUGCCCCAUGUUCCUGCCCUUGUCCAAACUGCAGUCCCCCAAACACGCCUACGUGAAGGAGGACACGCUUUUCCUCAAGUGCAUCAUAGAAACCAAUUAGCAAAUCCUGAAAUAUGCUUGGCUGGGGAGGUCAUUUGCUGGAUGUCAGUAGAUUAUGAGGAAAAAAGCAUCCCUUUGAGCCCUUGUGUUAGUUUGUGUGUCCAGAAAAUCCCCAGAGCCUGUGCCUGCACCCCCUGAGCCCGCUGGAGAUGUCCCAGUGCAGCAGCUGCUGGGAUUAUUUCACCAAACCAGACAAUUCUCGUGGUUUGGGUGUCACUCACAUCCCCCCACACUGCUGGGGAAGGGGCUGCUCCUGCUCACAGCUGGCCCAGCUGUGGCUGCACUUCUGCUGGGCAGGGACUGGGCUGGAUUCCCUGCCCAGGGAGGGGCUGUGGGAUCAGGUGAGGGAUUGGGGCUGGAUUCCCUGCCCAGGGAGGGGCUGUGGGAUCAGGUGAGGGAUUGGGGCUGGAUUCCCUGGGUCUGUGGGUGCAGGUGAGGCUGAGCUGCCCCAUCCUCAGGCAGUUCCCAGCCAGGGCAGCUCCUUUCCUGGGAGCUUUGGGGUGAGCCUGCAGCCCCAGGGGGAGCCUUGGCUGCUCUCCAGGAGGAAGAGGAGCAGAUUCCUCCCCCCAGGCCCAGGUCAGGUGUCUCUGUGCUUGCCCAUGACCUUGGAAGCCCAGAGCUGUGGCCAGAGCUGUGGUUCCUGACCCCAGGGAUUUAUUUCUUGCUAUUUAUUCCAGACCUCUAUUGAUGAGCUCUGUGAGAUGUUGUGUUGUAUCAGUAGACAGGGCCUGGGUUACGCUGUGCCUUGGGGGAAUUACCUCUGGGAUUUCCAAAGGAGCCCUUGGAUGUGGAUACAGAGCUCUGGGAAGGCCCCCUCAGUGCUCUGGUUCAGUGUCCAGUCACUUCCUGGACCUUCAAGGCAGAUGACUUAUUAGAAAUUAUUGCUUUUUAUUUUUUUGCUUAAUCUGCCUUGAUGUUUAAGGGGUUUUUGCAUGCUAAAAUACAAGUAACUGCUAGAAAUUGUUUUAUUCUUUUUGGGUCUUCUUAUUAGAGGGUUUUUUUUUAAUAAGUGCAAGAAGCCUGGGAUUAUCUGGAUGUGUGCAGAAUCUCUCACUUCUGUCUUGGCAACAGCCUUUAAAAUAAUUAGUUGUGAUGAAGCAUCACAUUUCAAAAACACCCACCCCAUAAACAAAUAUUCAUCAAAGCUUGCUUGGGAAGGAACUGGAUAUUCUGUGUGUCUUUUCCUCUAUUCCAUCUUUCAAAUGUUCUUUCAGGGACACAAAGUGAUUUUCCCAGCAAUGUGCCAGCCCCUGUCACCACACUGGAGUAAUUCACCUAAAUAUAUUAUGCUUUUCCUGUCUGUAUCACUUUGACAAGUGCUGUAUUUAUUACAAUCAUUCCUAUUUUCUUACAAUUUUAUUUAUUUCCUAAAUAAAGCUCACUAACUUAAGAAA